AUUGCUAAGCGCCGCACGAACCAAUAGGAAGAGUGUUUGUUGAGCGCAGACCAGGAAGUGUGCUCUGUGCUACUGUCACCUGGAUGUUCUUAGUGGACGGAAUCUAACUAGCUAUCCAUGCAGUAACACAUUCUAAACACCAGGACACCACCAGACCCUCCUCAUGUGCAUCAUUUUCUUCAAGUUUGAUCCACGCCCUGUUUCUAAAAAUGCAUACAGACUCAUCCUAGCAGCAAAUCGGGAUGAAUUCUAUCACCGACCUGCAAAGCCAGCUGAUUUCUGGGGAGGCAAUAAUGAGAUCCUUAGUGGUUUGGAUAUGGAGACAGGAAAAGAAGGAGGGACAUGGCUGGGCAUCAGUAAAAGAGGAAAAUUGGCAGCGCUAACAAACUACUUACAGACAAAAAUAGAUAUCCAUGCCAAGGGUAGAGGUACUCUGGUGUCCAGUUUCUUGACAUCAGACCUGGAUAGCUUUUCGUACCUGAAGAAGAUAUCUGCAGAAGGACACCUCUACAAUCCAUUCAACCUGGUUGCAGCAGAUUUUAACAACACAAGAGGUGAUGUGAUUUGCUAUUAUGGAUCAAAAGGAGAACAAGAACCUGUCCGGUUGAAGCCAGGUGUGUAUGGCCUGAGCUGCAGCCUGUUGGAUACACCAUGGAAGAAACUACAGCACGGAAAAUCAUUAUUUGCUGACAUCAUCAAAAAGAGCCAGGACAUUGCUAGAGAGGAUCUAGUGCAAGAACUCAUUAAAGUGAUGAAUAAUGAAGAUCCGCAGUUACCAGACCCAGCUAUUGAAGAACAAGGAAAGGAAUUUGUUCGACCAAUCCUUAAUGGCUACUCUGCUGUGUGUGUGCGCUGCCCAGGAUAUGGAACAAGGACCAACACCAUUGUUCUGAUUGAUUGUGAUGGACAUGUAACAUUCACAGAACGCACCAUGUUAAACUGCGACAUCACUCAGUGGAAAACAAGUACUUACCAGUUUAAGCUGCCUGAUGACCACCCACCAGCAGCAAGCCUAUAGCAGGCAUACCAAAUGCAUUGAGCUCCACAGAACGAUUGGCACCUGAGUAGCAAAAUUAAGAUGGACUGCAAUGUUGGAUGUAGCUUUUCAACCAGCACAAACAAUAGAGAACCAAAAAUGUUAGUAACGGAUAAAGAAAACAAAGCACAUGAUCAAAUUCUUUUUAAUUUUUUGUAUUAAAUAUAUUCAGCACUAAAUAGAAAGCACAGUAACAGACAAACAUGGAGUUUAAAACUCAUUCUAACUUCUUAAACAUGUAAUAGAGUAUGUAGCACAAAGCAUCAGUAUCUUGUUUUGGUAGCUAAAACAGCAAGCGCCAUAUUUAAGGGUUAUCUGAACAUUUCAGUCCCUCUGUGAGUUUACAUAGCAAUUAUUAAAAUAUAUGCUCAGAGGUAAGUUUGUCUCUAGGUUAAUGUAAGGAUCAACUAAAUACAUUGGGCACGGAAUCUUUAAUUUCUAGCAUUUAUUUUUUUAUUUUUGCUGUUGAUGAAACUUGAGCUUUGUGGAUUUCUAUUCAAUUUUGAAUCGAAUAGCUUCUCUUUCUAUAGAAUCUCAGGGCUGGAAAUGGCGUAACACAAGGAUGUAACUUUUGUUUCCACAGCAACGUUUUGCCUAGUUGAGCAAUAGAAAUCAACACAACCCUUGUCAUAUAAACAACACUCCUUUUUACAUUCUUAAAAUCUGUCCUUAUGUGCAGAACAUGUAUUUCCAAAUAUGAUAGUUACUGAUGUAAGUUGUUCUGUUCACUCCUACUCAAGAAGGCCCAUAGCAUAUUUUCUCUCAAAUAUACUAUGUUUACAAUAUUUCUUUGUUUGGUAUUUAAUUAUUAUUUUAUUCUUGCAAAUAUCUGUUGUGUGGUUUCUACAUUUUAAUGUAAAACAAAACUAAAAUCGUAUGACCCAGCUACAAAAUAUCUAUCCUGGCUGGAUCUGAAUAAACUGUCACAAAAAAAUAACAAAAGUGUAAUGUUUAAAAUUGAUGUGACAUUGACGAAUACACGUGCUUCACACUUCAUUCCGUGAUCAUUACACACAAAGUAUAAAAGGUGCUAAAUUACAUCACGCAGAACACAAAUUCACUUAACAAUGUAAACUAUGAGGUUAAUUUGCUAAAUGUAAAAAAAAAAAAAAAUGGCUUUCUAAUUAGAAAUAUCUAUAUCCUUUGAUUCAGAAGUUUUACCCUAAUGGCUUUGCAUAUUACAAGCAGUGCAUCUAUAAAUAGUCUUUCAGUUUGCAAUAUUUGACCCCCCUUUUUCAUUUAUUUUUUCCCCUCAUUUUCUUUUUGAUAAUCGAAGCAAAAAAUUAUUUAUAAGAGAUUGAUCAACAUAUACUUGCAUGACUGCUCAUUUAGACAACAACAAAAAAGUAAUUUCCUCUGUAGUAGCAUGACUGUAGUCCCUGUCUUUGAGCAGCCCAGGCUGUUUGGGUAGCAAUGAUUUUUCAUGAUAUUAUAAAGGUUUCAUGAAAAUAACUUUCACUUGAAUUCAUAAAAAAUAAAAAUAAAAUAUUUUUUAAU